AUGUCGACUGUUCCUGAGAACCCUACCCGUCCCCACCGUUGUGUUUACUGCGGCCUCUGCUUCAAGCGAUCAGAACACCUGAAGCGCCAUGUGAGAAGGCACACCAAGGAACGACCUUUCCGUUGUCGAAUUUGUGGGGAGAGCUUUUCCCGCAAGGAAUUGCAUGACCGCCAUCAACGCACCCGCCAUGGCGCGACUUCAAGCAUCCCAUUACCCGAAAUAGUAGAAUCAGAGCCAUCAGCAGCUACCCAUCCAAAUUCGUACUCGCCAGGACAGGUUGAUCCUGUUCAAGGUGACCCGUCCAGUCGAGCACCAUUCACCUCGUUCGUCGAGGAGCCGGCGGAACCAGCAUUGCACGCUCCUUUAGCGCCAGAGACACAGCGACAUGACAACCUUUACUUGGCCGGGAGCCCGGGUAGUCCUGCAUUCCAAGAAAAUGCGUACUCUGUGAUCUCCGACCGGCGUCGAGACUCUCGACUCCAGACGCCUCUAGGAAGCGAGACUCCUCCGUGGUUGAAAUUACCCAGCGGGCUGGAGUUCGCCUCGCUUCUCUCAGCAUUGAACAGAUCUCCGUUAUCUACAAGUCUCCCGACACCACUACGGCUGUGCACACCGCAGAGUGAGGCGAUCUUUGAGAAUGAUCGGAAUGAGACUGCCCGUUUGGGGAUCGAGAAAGCGCUUGACGGUUUGAGGAGUAUCAAUGUCGCAGGGAGCGAAGGGUAUUCCCAUCGCUUCAAGAUCCCAGAGAUGGAUUCCCUAUACCGUUACUGGCAUAUGUUCUUCGAGAUACCUCAUAAGAACCUUCCGUUUGCUCAUCCGAAGUCGGAAAUCUAUCAAAUACCAGCUAUUGCUAUUGGUGUUCUCGCCGACGGUGCGAUGUACUGUGACGAGCCGGAGGUCGGUCAAAUGCUGUUUGAGGCCUCCCGCCGCAUUGUCGCUCAUCACUUGAACACGCUCUAUACCCGUGAAAACAAUACUAUACCUAUCUGGAUUUUCACUACACUCUUGCUGAAUUGUGUCUUUGGUUUACCCGGGGGGAAGUCUAGCGAGAGCGACAUUACCCUCGGCAGCCUUGACAGCUUGAUAAACCUCGCGCGAGUGAUCGAAUCAGGCCCGGCAAUGGAUCUUGUCGAUCAGGCAUCCACAGUGGAGGAGAAAUGGAAGAGUUACAUCGAGGGAGAAUCUCACCGCAGUGGUUUGUGGUCGGUGGCAUACGAGCCAAUCGUCAAUGUCCUGGACUUUCCGUUCAGUUUGAUCGAAUUCCCCUGGUCGGAAACCUUGUGGAAUGCCCGUUCAGCCGUUCAAUGGCACGCACUAUAUCAGAACCCGCGAAGUCGAUCGCCUGGCAGCUGGUCAGAGAAUGUGGAGGCGCUGUUGUUCGGCAAAACCCAGCCGUUAAACGGUCUCGCUUCUCUUUGCCUUGUCGUCGGGCUUCUACUCUACAUUGACGGGCUCCGACGAGAAGCAGUCCUCGACGUUGUCGAGAUAAACUCAUACCUGCAGCAUGCUCUAGAUCAAUGGUUUCAGAUACAUGACCGGACGAGUAUGGAGAAUCUGGCCCUCAAUCAUCUCUGCUAUCCUGCUGCAUAUUAUCUGCGCAUCUCCCUUGUCGUGGACAUCCGGCAGACAAUGGACCUCAUGCGCAGUAAGGAAUUUUCCGCCAUGCGAAGGGUACUGCGUGAGGGGGAUUUGGUGCAAGCGGCUGCCUUUGCGCGAGCCGCUAUGAUUCCGUGGGUGAUUAGCCGGCGGAAUCAAACGUCCAUGGUCGCAAUCCCUUGCGGGGUGGUCAUCGCGGAGUGGGCGAUUGACGUGAUGGACAAUCAGCCCGAGGAUUCCCCUCAACGGGAAGUGCUUCGGGGGUUUGAAAACUCGAUUCGCGAGUAUUGGCCUGUAGCACCAUUUGUGACUGCUGUGGAUGUCUGGAGAGCAGUUCGCAGAAUUAUUGCUAAUGGACCAGUUACAACGGCUUUAACGCGGAGUAUGGAUGCAUACGAGAUGUCUCUAGCGUUAGCUUAG